AUGUAUAGAGAGAGUAGGCAGAGUGAUAGUAACCCUAGUAGCAUUAAAAAGAAAAUUCCACCUUUUCAGGGUAGAAACGAUCUGGAAGCCUACUUAGAUUGGGAGCGAAAAGUAGAUCAAGUUUUUGAUAUACAUAGGUAUUCCAAGGAGAAAAAGGUGAAGUUGGUUGUUGUAGAAUUCACUGAUUAUGCUAGCAUUUGGUGGGACCAGUUGUUGAAAAGUAGACGUAGGAGCUUGGGUAGACCCAUAGAUACUUGGGAUGAUAUGAAGAGUGUAAUGAGGCAGCAUUUUGUUCCUAGUCACUACCAUAGGGAUUUACUUAAGAAGUUACAAGGGCUUAGGCAAGGGACCAAGAGUGUGGAGGACUAUCACAAGGAGAUGAAGAUAGCCAUGAUUACGGCUAAUAUAGAAGUAGAUAGGGAAACCAUUAUGGCUAGGUUUUUAAAUGGGAUGAAUAGGGAAAUAACAAAUGUUGUAGAGCUCCAACACUAUGUUGAGCUAGAAGAUUUGGUACAUAUGGCGAUGAAGGUAGAAAGACAAUUACAGCGUAAAGAUAAAAAGGAUGUAGUUUCCUAUUCUAGUCUUGGGAAACCGAGUGUGUCAAAGAAAGAUGAUAUGCCACCUUUUAAGCCAAAAACUGAGCACUCUAAACCUAAGGGAGAGGAGUCUAGCAGAGAAAUGUCUAGUAUUAAACCCGAACCAUCGAAGAGGAACAGUGAGAUAAAAUGUUUUAGGUGUUUGGGUAGGGGUCAAAUAGCUUCCCAAUGUCCUAACAAAAGAACCAUGGUGUUGAGAGAGGAUGGUGAAUAUGAGACAGAGGAAGAGUCUAGUGAUGAGUCUAUGCCACCAAUAGAGGAUGCUAGUGAUGUAGAGUUGGAGUAUGCACUAGAGGGUGAGGCAUUAGUGUCUAAAAGAGCUUUGAGUUUACACUAUAAGAAAGAAAAUGACGAGCAAAGAGAGAAUAUUUUCCAUACUAGAUGUCAUGUGAAAGGGAGACCAUGGCAAUAUGAUAAAAAGGUGACAUAUGACGGAUUUAAGAAUAGAUACUUUUUCAUGAUGAGCCAUAAACUCAUCACACUUGUACCAUUGUCACCAAAGCAAGUUUUUGAGGAUCAAGAGUUUGAAGAUGUAUUCCCUAAGGAGAUUUCUGAUGGACUACCUCCAAUUUGUGGGAUCGAGCACCAGAUCAACUUCAUACCUGGAGCGGUGAUACCCAACCGACCAGCCUAUAGAAGUAAUCCCAAGGAGACAAAAGAGCUUCGAAUGCAAGUGAAGGAGUUGAUGAAGAAAGGAUACGUGAGAGAGAGCAUGAAUCCAUGUGUCGUACCAGUGAUUCUAGUGCCUAAGAAUGAUGGGACAUAG